UUAUCUGUACACAUUAUUCUAUAUCAUUAUCUGUACACAUUAUUCUAUAUCAUUUUCUUACACAUUAUUCUAUAUCAGUAUCUUACACAUUAUUCUAUAUCAUUAUAUGUACACAUUAUUCUAUAUCAUUAUCUUACACAUUAUUCUAUAUCAGUAUCUGUACACAUUAUUCUAUAUCAUUAUCUGUACACAUUAUUCUAUAUAAUUAUCUGUACACAUUAUUCUAUAUCAUUAUCUGUACACAUUAUUCUAUAUCAUUAUCUGUACACAUUAUUCUUGAUCAUUAUCUGUACACAUUAUUCUAUAUCAUUAUCUGUACACAUUAUUCUAUAUCAUUAUCUGUACACAUUAUUCUAUAUCAUUAUCUGUACACAUUAUUCUAUAUCAUUAUCUUACACAUUAUUCUAUAUCAUUAUCUGUACACAUUAUUCUAUAUCAUUAUCUGUACACAGUAUUCUAUAUCAUUAUGUUACACAUUAUUCUAUAUCAUUAUCUGUACACAUUAUUCUAUAUCAUUAUCUGUACACAUUAUUCUAUAUCAUUAUCUGUACACAGUAUUCUAUUUUAUUACAAUCUGUCUUUAGUUUAUUUCAAUUUAUUCAUUUUUGGAAGUAA